AUGUCAAGACCGUCUCCGACCCUCAACAGCAAACGAUUCUUCCUCAGUUUCCACCGCUACAUAUCCAUGACCUCUUCCCCCCUCACCCACCAUCCCCACCUGCCAGCGCAAGCCACAACCCCACAGCGACACCCAUCCUCUCGCCCCCGCAGCAGGCUGUCCGCACGGCACGCCUCCACCUCGGACGCUCCGCCCUCCGCGCCCGCCAAGCCCCUCUCACACUACGACCUAUUUCCCAACACCCUCCCCCAAGGCCCCCCCCCUCGCGGCCCCUUCGUCAUCGACCCCCGCCAGCUGCGCAAAGAGUUCCUCCAACUGCAAGCGCGCGCCCAUCCGGACCGGCACCACGGUCCCGACAAAGCGCGCGCCGAAGGGACGUCCGCCUUGAUCAACGAGGCGUACAGAACGCUGCAGGAUCCCUUGCCGCGAGCGCAGUACCUGCUAUCGCUGCGCGGCAUCGACGUGGCGGAGGACGAGACGGCGAAAGUCGAGGACCCGGAUCUGCUGAUGGAAGUGCUGGAGGUCCGGGAAGCGAUCGAGGGCGCUGGGCAGGAGAGCGAGCUUGAAGGGAUGAAGGCGAGGAACGAUGCGAGGAUGGUGGAGAGUGAGGGGAUACUCGAUGAGGCGUUUCAGAGUGACGAUACUGAAAUGGCAAAGGCGGAGGCGGUCAAGUUGAGGUAUUGGACGAAUAUUAAGGAGGCCCUUGAUGCGUGGGAAAAGGGGAAACCGGUUGUGCUUGUGCAUUGA